AUUUCCUAUAUCAUAAAUUAAGUCUCAAAAUUUUAAUAAAAUCUAGAACGUUUCUUUGUUUAUCAAAUAAAACCUAAUCUUUUUUAACCGUUCUAAAUAAAUUUGUACUAAUUAUUUCACAGAUUCUGAAAAAAGAAUAAAAUUGAAUUCCGCAUUAUACAUUGUUACAAGUUUCCUCGGAUUUCUUGUGCCGAUUUAUUUUUAACACGUUACGAUCAAUUUUAUCACGUAUGUUUUCUUAUUUAUUAUUAAUUUUAUUUUUACAGAGAAACCUUAUCUCGGUUUCCGAAUGCGGUUUCCAAUUAAUCCGCAAAUAGUAGGAGGUUCCAAAGCGCCACAAGGAGCAUAUCCGUACAUAGUUUCCCUCCAAUGGGGACCAACAAAAGAAACCGCAUCCCACUUCUGUGCAGGAUCAAUUCUUAAUAGUCAAUGGAUAAUAACUGCAGCACAUUGCAUUCAGGCAGUUCCUAACUAUGGCGUUCUGCUCAUCAAAGCUGGAAAGAAUAAGCUUAGUGUUGUAGAAAGCACUGAGCAAGCAAUAGAAGCGGAGAAGAGCAUUCCAAAUGAACAAUAUCAAGGCAUAAAUUACAGUGGUGUUGGCCCGUACGAUAUUGGUAUGAUCAAGCUUAAGGGUUCAUUGAAAUUCACAAAGGAAGUACAACCCAUUGAAUUGCUGAAUGCAGAAGACGAACCAACUGGAGAUGCAGCUCUGUGCGGAUGGGGUUCCACUGAGGACACCUUUCCGGGACUGCCAGAUGAUCUUCAGCAUAUUAAAUUAAUGUUCGUCGACCGCGUCACAUGCCACAAAAACGUCGAACGUCUAACAGGAUAUUCACCUGUUCACGAAACUAAUGUCUGCACUGGCCCAUUGACCGGUGGAAUUUCCGCGUGUAGUGGUGACUCUGGCGGCCCAUUAAUAAAACGUUAUGGAAACAAACCGGUCCUUGCUGGAGUCGUAUCUUGGGGCAUUAUACCAUGUGGUACUGUUGGUGCGCCAUCCGUAUAUGCUAAAGUGUCCAAAUUUAAUACAUGGAUUGAAAAGAAUGUUGCUAGUAAUUAAUACUGACUGUAUUGACUAGUUAUCAAUGAAUUCUGAUGACGAAAUAUUAUAUGUUAUUCUGUGCAAAACAAACAUGCAGUACAAAUAAAAUAAACAUUUUUACUGCGACUUUUAUGUUUCUUAUUCUAAACCUAUCCAAAAGAAAGUAAAUGAUGUUUUAAAGGAAAAACUUAUAAUAUAGAAUAUUUUCAUUGUUUAUUUUACGCAAUAAAUAAGUCACAAGAAUUAUCACAUAUCAGUUUUAUGUUAACUAUAUACUAUAUAUUUCAUAAUAUUAAACGUUAAAGUAUAAAAUAAAUGCUAGUUUGAAAUCCAGUAAUCAACGCGUAAUCCAGUACUCCUCUUCUUCUACA